GUACAAAGGGCUAAAUUUGUAAUUUUAGCAUCGAAUAGGCACUUUUUUCUGUUGAUUCUCCCAAAGAGGAAACGGAAACAGAGAGCAAGAAGAAAAAAUGGUUUGUUUAGAACAGAAAACAGUGACCCGAAAAGGAGCGAUAAUAUUCACAUAUGUAAUUGAAGGUACUAAACAUUUAGCACAAAGUACCACCUGUUAGCCUUGCUUCACCCUAAACCGCAACAAAAAUCCAAUCUUGAUCCCUCCAAAACUUUCUUGUCAAUAAGCUAAUCAUCAGCUGGAGGCACCAAGAGUCUUGUCAAAAUACCAGUACUUCCCUUUUACUUUCUCUCUCUAUAUAUCUGAUUUUUUCUUUGAUUUUCGUGUAUGUAUGUAUGUAUGUAUGUAUGUGUGUGUGUCUGCCUCUCUUUGUUGUUAUAUAUAAUCAUAUAUUGAAACUUUUUAAUUAAAAGUACUGUGUAUUGGACCCACAAAAAGACGAUGAUUGAGCUCGACAACAACUAGCAAAAGAGGGCAGCAUCACCUACCACCCAAAGACUAUGGAGAUGGGUGGUUCGAGUGGUUCUUCGGAGUCGCAACUGCUCAAAAUUGGUUUGCAAUUUGGGAAAGAAAUCUAUUUUGAGGAUGUGGGAGUUGGAGCUCAGGUUAAAUCCGAUGAUGGGUUGUCUCCGGCGAGCGGCGGCGAUGGUGCUGGAGGGCCGCAGAAGAAAGGGAGGACUGGUGGUGGGGUGGUGAGUGGUUUUGGACAACAGCAACCACCGAGGUGUCAGGUGGAAGGUUGUAAUCUGGAUCUGAGUGAUGCUAAGAGUUACUAUUCAAGGCACAAAGUGUGUGGUGCUCAUUCGAAAACGGCUAAGGUCAUUGUUAAUGGCCUUGAACAGAGAUUCUGCCAACAGUGCAGCAGGUUCCAUCAACUACCAGAGUUUGACCAGGGAAAAAGAAGCUGCAGGAGACGAUUGGCUGGGCACAAUGAACGUAGAAGAAAGCCAUCUCUGCUAUCCACUCGCUAUGGAACUGUCUCCUCCUCAAUCUUUGAAAACAAUGGGAAUUCUGGAGGCUUUCUAAUGGACUUUUCUUCAUGCUCAAGAGGAAGGAUUCAGUGGCCAGGAACAAGGGUGGCACCACCGCCUCGAGCCGCCAUCGACCUCCCAAUUGCCGGAGAAAAGUUCCCACCGCUUCCAUGGCAAAGCAACCUGGAUAAUCCACCUCCUUAUGUUCCACCAGGAGGGUGUUUUAAUGGAGUCCAUGACGACUCCAACUGUGCUCUCUCUCUUCUGUCAAAUCACUCAUCUGGCUCAAGGAACCAAUCCCUGAGCCAUGAGUACUAUAUCAACCCUGAAGCUGGUGCACAUGUGCACCAGCUUCAUCAACCAACAACUGGUUCCGGAACCAUGGUUGAGGUUCACUACUCAACCACCACCACUGAUUGGGUUUACGAGACCCAUGAUGCCCAUUUGGGUUUGGGUCACGUCCCACAGUCUGGUGGUGGCUACUCUGGUGAGGUUGGACUUGGUCAACAUGGUGGGGGAAGGCGAUAUGACUCAUCUGUUGACCACAUUGACUGGUCACUUUGAGUGAUGUGUAUCAUUAGACUAUGUUAUGUAAAACGUUUCAACUCUGACCUGUUUAUUUGUUUUGUUUUGUUUGUGUUGGGACAUGAUCAUGACUAGCAUGUAUGAUGUGUUGUAGUUGAAACUGAUGAAUGGGGCCUUUGGCUUUUGUCUAAAUAAGAAGGAAAUGUUUCCUGGGUUUGGAUA